AUGACUUUUAAGGUCAGAGUCCCAUUUGAAAGGUGUGAUGGACAAUGUUGUGAACCACUUCAGAGGUGUAGCCUACUCCACUUCGUCGGUGAAGGGUGCGGAGCUAACUUGAUCAACUUCCCUACCCAAGGCUUCCUCCAUGCUUCCUUUAAGUUGGAGACUCUAAAGUCAAUCAUUCACAAACAUCUCGAAAUCUUCUGCACGCAGGGCUUGUGGCUUAAGUCGGUGUAUUCAAUGCCUCGGACGCCACUGGUUAACUUCCUCCUCAGCCUCCAAGGGUUGAUCCCUUAG